AUGAUAUUUAGAUUUUUGUCCCAGUUGUUAAUAAUUUUAAUUUCUAUAAAUCAAUUGAAAUGCUUUGACUAUUCAAACAACGAAUCGGAGUUGGAAGAAUCUGUUCUAAAUUGUUACUUAUCAGAGUGUAGACUAAGUGCCCAGGAUUCCUCAUUUCUGUGCCUAAGGCAAAAACUUCUCAAUGAUAACGUCGAAUAUACUGGACAAUACAGGUCAAAUUUAUAUACGACAUAUUAUCUUUGGCUCAUUUCACUAACAAAUUUAUACCCUAACACUGUAAUAUAUAAUGAAGUGCCCUUAGAGGCUGAUCAGUCACAUUUAUACAAGAAAAAUUACAUUAAAGAACCCAAAUUUGCUCCCCUGUACUAUAAAAUUAAGUUUAACGAGUUUUAUGAUCACCUGAGAAAGUAUAUUCAUGAAGAUGUAAACGGUAAACACUCACCCUUAUAUGGCCAUUUGAAUAAAAUCUUUGACACACCGAAGAUAGUUUUGGAAGCUAAGACAUCAUAUACAUCAGUUUACGAUGAAGUAUUCGAUCUAAAACUGAUUGGAGAUCAUUCAGGCUCAGUUGAUGUGUAUACGAAAUCAUUUCUUUUAUUUGUUGAUUAUUAUUUAUUGGUACGGUUGAGAAAAACUGCGUAUAGGUUGAAGUUUCUAAACUCUUGUCCCAUUCUAUAUAAAUUGAGGUAUAAAAACCUUAUUUUGGACAAACAAAGAUUAAUCAAAUAUGUAAAUCUGCUCAAGUAUUUUAAUUUAUACAAUAAGGAUAUGAUUGGCCUUAUCCAACCAAAUGAAAGUGAAAUAACACCAUUUACACCUCUACCAGUUGAUAGUAAUGGAGACAGGAUGGGAGAUUUGCCAUUAUUUGCAACCUCUGUAGACCAAAGUUUCUACAAACUAAUCGAAAAAAUCGUUACAAAACUAACUGACGUUGAUGGAAAAAUAGACCAAAUAUUCGAAAUUUUGGAAAAGUUUGUAGAAAAAAUGUAUAAAGUGUCAGAUUUGAGAACAAUAUAUACACUGGAUAGCUUCUAUAUACUGGAAGUAACACCAAAGUCAACGGGAGUCACAUUGUAUAACAUGUUCACCCCGAAAGAAAGAAAAUUAAUACUGGACUAUAAAGAUAGUUUAUUGGUAUCAUCGCAUAUUCGAAAGUUGGAUUUUGACCAUUUCAUACUCCAAAUUGUUAAAAAAUUCGUAAUAACAGCACCGAUUGUUGUGCUGUUUACAGUUUUAAUUUUUAAAUAUAUCAACACAUUUCAAAAUAAACGAAACUAA